AUGCCCUGUCAUCCUGCCACGCGGGCACUGGGUCACUCAGCUAUUAAGGAAGCCCAUGAGCAGAGCCAUCAUGCUGGCGGAGUAAGUCACACGUUGGCUCUCUUGUCGCAGACGUAUUGGCUGCUUGCUGGACGAGAGGAGAUCAAAGCGUGGAAAAAGAAGUGUGCCCAUUGCCAACGACAAUCAGCGAAGCCAGGAAUGCAGAUCAUGGCACCGCUACCGACCGUCCGUGUGUCUCUGCCCAUGAGAGCGUUCUCCAGAGUAGCAGUGGACUACGCUGGACCCUUCACCACCAAACAAGGUCGCGGAAAGCCGCGCGCGAAGAGGUACCUGUGCUUAUUUACGUGUAUGCAGUCUCGCGCGGUGCACUUGGAGAUGGCCGUUAGUCUUGACGUGGAUGGAUUCAUGAACGCCUUCAUGCGGAUGACGAGCAGGCGCGGUGUUCCACUACAGGUUGUGUCCGACAAUGGCACCAACUUCGUAGGCGCUGCCAAUGAACUGCGGAGAUUAGUGGCCGCGAUGAAUGAAGGCGUGGACCGACGAUUAGCGGACAAGGGAAUUCGGUGGUCGUUCAAUCCCCCCGCUGCUCCUCACUUCGGUGGCGUCCAUGAGGCACUCGUCAAGUCAGCAAAGCGCGCCAUCUAUGCGAUCCUGUCGGGCGCGGAAGUCAAUGACGAGGAACUCCUGACGCAGUGA